ACAUCACAGCGUCUGGGCGUCUGCUUCGGGAGUUGAAGGGUGACAAGCGAGCCGACCUGACGUGUAAAAUUGGCCUUUCACGAAGCACUUCGACAUUUUACGAAAGUGACAUAGCUCCUGACAGUCAUGUCUGCAACAACUUACGUUAUUGUCUUGCUGGCGGCACUACUGGGAAAUGUAGCAUGCGCUCAACCAGACAAGACGAUUACCCACAAGGUGACGUUUGACAUCGCCAUCGGUGAUAAAGACGCUGGUAGCGUUGUACUCGGCCUUUACGGGAAAGUGGCUCCAAGGACUGUGCGCAAUUUCGUCGCUUUCGCCGGAGAAGGCUACGAGGGCUUGAAGUACGAGGGCAUUGGCUUCCACAGGGUCAUCAAGGACUUCAUGAUUCAGGGCGGUGACGUGCAGAAGCAGGAAGGUCGUGGCUCUAUCAGCAUCUACGGCCGCUACUUCGACGAUGAAACUUUCGCCCUGAAGCAUGAGGGACCUGGCACGCUCAGCAUGGCCAACGCUGGAAAGAACACGAACGGCGCGCAGUUCUUCAUCACGACUGUAGCCACCUCGUGGCUGGAUGGCCAUCACGUGGUCUUUGGAAAGGUAAUCGACGGCCUGGACGUGAUUCGCAAGGUGGAGAACACGAAGACCGAUCGUAACGACGUGCCUGUCGAACCGGUCAUCAUCAAGAGAUCCUCGGUUGAGACCCUGGUAUCCAUCUGAGCCGUACAGGGCCCGCGUGCCAUGCCAUGCCGUCCGUCGCAGCCCGAUUGGUAGCAGGCGCCUGCUGUCCAUUUUCGGGCUUUAAGAACGACAAAAAAAAAAAAAAAACUGCGUUUCUUUCCGUGAUCGCGGAACUUGUCACCGCGGCGACCAACUGGCUCGACACUUCGGCUUCUAGCUUUUUUUUUUUUAGACGCUUACGCAAUUGAGAAGAGGAAUUGCCCUAUAGUGUGCUCACAAAGGAAACCAACGCAGCUGCCUGGUAAUGCGACAGCCUUAUUGACCUGCCUGUGUAGUGUGCGAUAAUAAGUUUUACCUUUCAGUUGGAAAAGUUGUCGAUCAACUUUACGACCGCUCCGUUCCUUUUUUUUUUUUGUCUCUUCCGCAUCGAAAAUGUCAUUGAAACUGUUACGUAUAUGUUGCAAGCAGCAUUCCAUUCGCCAGAGUGUGCUCGCAUAUAUGUUAUCGUGCAAGAACAGUCGCUGUCGAUGGUUAGGUGUAUUCGAAUGAGUGUUCAUGCCAGUCAAUUUACGUGUUCGGUGGCGACGAGCUCGUCCUCAACUCACUGCCAUCACAAGUUUGCCAUAUAAAUGACAUACGCCUAUUUAUUUCUCAUAGAAAUAAAUAUAUUAGACAUAAUCAAAAUACGCACAAGAAAGCCGAAUGCACGUCAUGGCAGCUAGUGUAGGUUUCGCGCGUUGUGCGGCGUGUGAAACAUGGCCGCUGUGUCGUCUCUUGGCACAGGGUAAGUUUGCAGGGUAAAAAGGCGUCGUGUAGCGGCCUACACAACUGUAAGACUUCUCAGAGUGACAUUUCGCGAUGGUGCUCACUUUCUUUACUGGGUACUCUCUGGACCACUUUAAAUGGUAAGCGUUGUUGGACCAGACAGUUUUUGGAAACUUUUGGAUUGCUGGGAUAUAAAUUUACGACGGUCAUGUGCAAUUUCAAGAGUCAUUUCAGUGAACCUACGUCGUCAUCCUUGUCCAGUAGAAAUACUCACUUCGGUCAUCUCGAACCAAGAAGUACUGGACCCGCAAGAGCUUCGAACAAGCCCAAACGUGUCAAUGUUUAUACUAGCCUCAACCUGCCAAAUUUUUGUCGUAUUUUAUAUCUGCUUAUACAAACUUUCUAUACAAUGCUCUAUUCUUUGUACUUUCAAAAUAAAUUGUUGCAAAUCA